CAUUGUUUGCUAUUUGCAGACCUAGUUACUUCAUCCUACUUAGUAGUUAAGAUCAGUUUCUAAUGAAUUCACAUGGCAAAUAGUGUGAGUUGAGUCCAAUAUUGUGUUAGUUUACAAAUGAUAGAAGCAGAAAUGUGUCUUGCUUGCACCAUAAGAGACAAAUGCUCUAACAACUAAGAGAACUGCUCCAAAAGUAAUGUCUCCUAUUUUAUUAAAUUGGCCACAAUGUAAGAGGCAGAUGUUAGUGGUGUGGCAGUGGAGGUAGAAUCUUCCCACCAGUGUUCUGUUACAUGUUGUUGCCACGUGACAGAUGGAAGCAGAGGGGGAGUCUAAUAAAACAGCAUCUGACAUAGAUGUGCAUAUGAAACAAAGGUGUGUCAUUGAAUUCCUCCAUGCAGAAAAAAUAGCACUCACUGAUGAUCUUCGAUACUUGCUGAGCAUUUAUGGAGGCUGUGGAUGUGAGUACAGUGAAGCAGUGGGCAGUGCGUUUCAGCAGUGCCAAAAGAGAUGUGAAAGACAAGCCAUGUUCCAGACAGUGAUACACAGCUGUCAUACCAUGAAAUGAAGAAAAUCUCUAUCAACUCAUCCAUUCAAUAUGGUGGAUUACAACCUGGCAACUGCGUACAGACCUGAAUAUUGGCUUCAGUGCAUUGGAAGUGGUGUUGGCAGUGUUGGAAUACUGCAAAGCUGCUCAUACAGGAGUAGAACACUGCAUGCAAGUUUGUCAGAACAGAUAAGAGGCUGAAAAUGGCAGUGUCCUGGAUCACAUAAUUACCAGUAACCAGACAUGGUGUCACCAAUACAAACUAGAGUCAAAAUGGCAGUUCAUGGAGUGGCAACAUGUGAAUUCCCCGCGGAAGUGAAAACUCAUGAUACAGCCUUCAGCAGGUAAAGUGAUGUGCACUGUCUUUUGGGAUAGGAAAGAGGGGAUACUUCUACUUUCCUGGAACCCAGACAAAUGUCCAUUCUGACUGCUACCUUGAGAUGCUGUCUAAAUUGAAGAGUCAAACUUCCAGAAUCAGUUCAUAGAAGAAAUCAACCUUUCUCUUACAACACUGUAACACUAGGCCCUACCAGUUUAAAGACCAUGGAGCCCAUUGCCUAUUUUGUUUGGAUUGUACUACCACACCCACUGUAUAGUCUGGAUCUGACACAUUCUGAUUUCUAUCUGUUCUGCUAAAGAUGUUUGCAUGGACAAUGUUUUCCUUAGCAACAAUGUUGUCAUAGCACCUGUGAAACAGAGGGUCACCUUCACUGGUGCAGAUUUUUACAAGCAUGGCAUCUGGAGAGGAAGUGACUGUCUAUCGACUUGAAGAGAGUUCACCUAUGAACCUUGGUAAAAGCAUGUCUUCUUGGUCCCAGCAUGGUAUGGCUGCAAUGAUCCAAGUCUUGUCACGGGAGGAGAUGGAUGGGGGUCUGCGGAGGGCCAUGAAAGUCAUUUGUACUUGGUCUGAGAAUGAUGUGUUAAAGCUGGGACAAGUAUUUAUUGUGAAGUCUUUUUUGCCAGAGGUGGUUCAGACUUGGCAAAAGAUCUUUCAUGAUGGUACAGUGUUACAUCUCUGCUUGAGGGAGAUCCAACAGCAAAGGGCUGCCCAAAAGUUAAUCUAUACCUUCAAUCAAGUAAAGCCUCAUACUAUUCCUUAUACUCCAAGGUUCCUGGAAGUUUUCCUCAUUUACUGCCAUUCUGCAAACCAGUGGCUGACCAUUGAGAAGUACAUGACUGGUGAAUUUCGGAAAUACAAUAACAACAAUGGAGAUGAGAUUACACCUAGAAGCUUGCUUGAAGAGCUGAUGCUGGCCUUCUCUCACUGGACCUAUGUGUAUACUCGUGGGGAGCUCCUUGUCCUGGAUUUGCAAGGUGUUGGGGAAAACCUCACAGACCCAUCUGUGAUUAAACCUGAAGACAAAAAUGUUAUUCCUUUUAGAUCUGGAAAGAUGGUAUUUGGACCAGCAAACCUAGGAGAAGAUGCAAUAAGAAACUUCAUCGCAAAGCAUAACUGUAACUCUUGCUGCAAGAGGCUGAAACUUCCUGAUUUGAGAAGAAAUGACUGCACAGUGGAAAGAUUCUGUCCAGCCUUCAAAAAAGAAAUAGAGACAAGUGCCAGAGGAAGUGAUGACGAAAACGAGACUGUGGAGUAUGACACACGGCUGUGAAGCAAUGGCUGUGAGCAGAGUGCAUACUUGGAAGCUUGAAAACCUGUCCCUUGUCAUUGCCAUGUGUCAGUCCAAAAGAACAAAACAUAGAUAUCUGAUUGCAACGUCAGUUCUGAUCACUUGACAGAUGCUAUAGGCAAGAAACAACAACAAAAAAAUCUUUUUAUUUACUCCCUUCCCAUGGCCUUCUGAUGGUCCAUUUUUACUACCCAUAUAAUUGCCAGGAGCAGGUCCCUUCUUAGCUGGAUGAACUGUUGCAUUAGUGCCUUUUUCUGGAAAUGUGGUUAAUGGUUCCAAAAUGUACUUGCUUAGGAUAAUGACUGUGACAAAACAGUUACGGUGGGAAAUAAUUUGAUGUGAUUUAUCUCUCUGCUCUUCAAUAAAUAACUGUAUACACAUGUAAAUCACACAUUUUCAAAUGUGGAGGCCACUCAAAAACAUCCUCACUUUUGCCCUGUGUAUAGGAGACUUUCCAAGGCAUUGCAGAAGUACAGUUUUGUCUUGUUUGUUGACUUUGACCCAGAGACAGACCUAGAAGACACAAGUAACAAAUUAGUGGUUAAACAGUUGUUGCUGAUAUAACAAGUGUAAUGUAGAAUUUUAUGGGAGCUUCAAUCCUUCUCAUAUACCAAAACCAAAUCAAACAAUGAAGAGUUAGUUUAUUGGGCCCACAAGCAUUGUUUAUCUUUCCUAUUCUGUGUUGAUAAAUUUGAUAGAUUCAUGAUCUUUAGAACAAACAUAAAGAAUAACUGAUUGUGAUUUAAAUUUUAGCAGGAUCUACUUUUCUUCAUGUUACCUUCAGAGUGUUGUUAAGUCAUUAGGUGGUUAAUUGCAAAACAUUUUAAAAGCCAUAAAAAGUAAUGUGUUCCAUUUGGUAUUUAGAUUUUUAUUGCCAUUGCCAGGCUGUACAAAGGAUUGUUUUCUAUCAGUGUGAUAUCUGUAUGCUUUUACAACAUGUUGAUGUGUUUCUGUUGAUUCAGUAGAAGUUCAUAAAAAUGAAAGUCAGUUAUGUGCAAUAUGUUUUUGUGUAGAAUAAGAAUUGAAAUGAUCUGUUCAGCACAAACAUCUAAUACAACUUAUGUUGUAUUAAAGAUCACUUCUACCAUUAAAACAUCUCUGUAAUUUUGUAUUAAGAGUAGAAAUACUUAAAGCAGACAUGCACAUCAACAGAAAAGUUAAUACUUGAAUAAGAAAUAAAAUCAUAUUUCUGCCACAGUGUAUAGUAAAUUUUAAUGUUUAAAGGACCUACUUGUUAUACUUACUAUUAAUUUUGUAUAUUUAGAAAUUUUUAUGUACACAGAGGAAUUUUAGAAGCAUUAGAAACAUAGAAAAAUUGAGUUGGAAGGGACCUUAAAGAUCAUCCAGCUCUGCCAUGGGCAGGGUUGCCAACUGUUAGAAGAAGUUUUCCAGGACACCUCCUACUAGAUUAGGUUGCUCAAAGCCUCAUCCAUCCUGGCCUUGAACACUUGCAGGGAUGGGCUGUCCACAGCUUAUCUGUUCCAACAUCUCACCAUCCUUUGAGUAAAGAAUUUCUUCCUAAUAUCUACUCUAGAUCUACUCUUUCACUUACAAGCCUAUGCCUUAAUUGCUACCCUCCCUCAUAAAGAGUGAUUCCCUAUCUUUCUUGCAGGCCCCCUGUAAGUACUGAAAGGUUGCUGUAGAAUCUCCACAGAGGCUGGGGAGAGGCUCUAGGCUAAGUAAUCCCAACAUUCUCAGCCUUUCUAACACUGUGGAGGUGCUCCAACCCUCUCAUCAUACUUGAGGCCUUCCUCUGGACCCAUUUUAACAGGUUUGUGCCUUAUGCUGAGGUUUCCAAAGCUGAAUGUGGUACACCAGGUGGUGUCUUACAAGAGUGGAGUAGAGAGGGAGAAUCACUUCCUUCAACUUGCUGGUCAUUCUGCUUUUGAUGUAAACCAGGAUAUGAAUGGCCUUCUACAGAAGUUAUACUUUACCAGUGAUAUGCUCCCAGUUUCUGUAUUGAUUAUGAUAUUGAUUAUGACAUCAACACAACCACCAACAGUACACUCAGCUGAGACAGCCGUCUUCAGUUCCUGAGACCACCCUGAAGUGAUUCUUCUUGCUUUUCCUCUUUCUGUGCAAAAAAACAUCACCUUUCUUCCUAUUAGAUUUUACUAUCCAUUUUUUUUUAAUCAAUUCAACAUAUCAGAAAACUUACACAUUUUCACUUCUACGAAAGAGGUUACCUUUCUUUCUUUCACAGGUGACAUUUUGCAGCUUACUAGUGAGGUUGUUUAAUUUUGUUUUUACAGAAUGAUGAUAGAUUUUCAUCCCAUUGCUGAUACAACAGUAGUUCUGCUUCAAGUGGCUGUUGUCUUAAAAGAGAGCUGUAGAGAUGUGUAUACUCACAUACAUACACAAAUUCUUUACAGACUGAACUUUUUCUAAAGGAUCUCUAACUGUUAAUUUGUCUUUACAUUUGGCCAAGUUAAGUGACACUUAAUACAUCUUAGAGCUGAAGAUUGUUUUAAAUACUGCCCUAAUAGUGCUGUUUUCCCCAAUCAUUGCCAUAAAUUCUUAUAUUCGGGGAUGCAAAAAUUUUGUGAGUUUUAUGAACAAUUUGUAUUAGACAUAAAAAACAACUUCCAUGCACUAGGCUGGUUCUGAGUGCCUUUAGUUUCUUUUUAAGUUUUGGAGAUAUUCCCUGAAUCCAUACUUGAGAUUUUCCUCUCUUGACAACUUUUCUGUUGCCUUUCAAAGAGAGUUACUUCUGCAUUCAGAACAAUACUUGUGAGAUUAGGCAGAGCACAUAUCCAUGUAGAUUCAUUUUAUUCCUUUUUAUUAUUUAUCCAUCCUGGUACGUACUACCUUCCCCUCAAAUAAAGGGUCCUUUCAAGGUACUCAUCUGUUAAAAUACAGUUGAUACAUACGUAUUUGAUAUCAGGUUUUUUUUUUUUUUUUUUUUUUUUUCUGUGUGAAGUACUAAUGUGAUAGAACAAGAAAAGGAUGCAUUUCAAAGUAUUGCUAUAUAUACUUCUGUCAGAACAUUAAUAAUUCCAGGCAUGUAAGCACUAAACCUAAAAAUUCAAUUGAUUCUGAGGUUAAUUAAUUUUGCCUCACCAUUCUUUUUUUGCACUUUUUUGGGGGGAAGGCUGAUUCACAUUUCACUGAAAUGUAAAUUUUGGUAAUCCAACUAAAGACCUUUCUUCACCCCAACUUAGUCAUUGUUCAGUAAUUAUAAUGAAAUUAUAAUACUAAUAAUAAUUUAUUUGAGUCCUUGGUGUUAUUCAUACCAUAAUUUCUGUACAUUCUUUAAAGUCAUUUUUGAUAUCUAAACACUGGGCUUAGGUUGAAGGCCAGACCUCCAGAAAACAUGAGAAAGAGCCAGAAACCCUUAGUGGGAAGAGCAAUAUGCUACACAAUAAAAGUGUGUAUGUGGAAUGAAAGAUUUUCAGGAUAGGGUUCUUCCUCUUCUUGUUUAACAGUUGGCAUAGAUGAGGGGAUCUUGCACAUUAAGCCGUAGGGUUUUCUAAUUAUUGGUUUCAGUAUUUGUUUUUGCAGAAAGCACAUUUGGGAUUAUUGUUUAACACUCCUAGUGGGGCUGCCCAGGGCCCCAUCCAACCUGGCCUUGAGUGCCCCCAGGGAUGGGGCACCCACAGCGUCUCUGGGCAGCCUGUGACAGUGCCUCACUGUCCUCUGAGUUAAGAAUUUCUGCCUAAACCUCCCCACUUGCCCUAACUCGAUAGUGUAUCUUGUAAAAAGUCAGUCUCUCUCCUGCCUAGAAGCUCUCCUCAAGUUACUGGAAGGCCACAACAAGGUCUCCAAGGAUCUUUCUUUUCUCCAGGCUGAAGAAGCCCAACUCUCUCAGCCUGUCUUCAUAGGAGAGGUGCUCCAGCCCUCUGAUCAUCCUCAUGGACUCCUCUGGACCUGUUCCAGCAGCGAGAUCUUAAAGGAAACUUUUUCAGAAAUUCAAUUGAAUCAAAGCCAGAUAUGUAUCUGGCAGCUACUGCAUUGGGAAAACAGCUUCAACUUAUGAAAAAUAUUCAGAAAUUCCAAAGCUCAUUCUCAGGAAGUUGUUUUUUGGUUUUUUUUUUUCCCCAUUUAUUUUAUUCACAGUUGUAGUGUAUUUGCGAUUCUUUCUCUAUUGCUAAGAAUAAAGGCAGAAGGGAUAAUACAUCUAACUUUCCUAGAAAUUGAGUUGUACUUGUUGUAGUUUUGUCAAUUUAUCUCAGACUGUUUCAAAAGAGUAAAAAACAAAUUUUCAGAAUGUUUCCGUUUUUUGGCGGGUGUAAAAUGAAAUGAUGAAAUAGUAAGGUGAAAGUUGCAUACAGAAAAUGGCAUGGUUAUUUUUCUUUUUAAUUUCAGUGUAAUAAAUAUAUACUAAUUCUUUA